UUGCCAACCAAUAGCUCUGUGUGAUUUAUUUUUAAAAUAUUAGAAGUUUUUCCAAGAUUUUCAUAAAAGAAAACAAACUCCUCGUCCGCUGAAUUCAUUCGAGAAAACAGUUAGAAAAUCCUAACCUCUUUCUUUUUUUCUUCCAUUAUCUUAAUUUCUUCACACAAAUAUUUCUUUCCCCCUGUUUUCAAACCCUAAAACCAACAUCAAUCCUAACCCAACCCAAACAGAUAAGAAAACCUAGCUGAUUACAAAUACAAAAAUAAGACGACGAUGAUGAUGAUGAAGUCAUUAAAGGAAUUCAACAACAAAACAACGCAGUUAACAAGAUCAGCUCCAUAUUUAGAUUUCCGUCUUCUUCUAUUAAUCUUACCUUCUUUUUCAUUCUUAAUCUUUUUAUCUCUUUCUUCCACUACAAAUCCCAUCACCAACAACAUUUUUUCAACUUUUACCCCUCUCAGAAACUUUCUCUCUAACCUCUCAUCAUCAUCAUCAUCGUAUGCAUUACCUCCUCUUCCAUCUAUAAAUUCUUCGGAAACAAGUAAAUCGGGGUAUGAUGAAUCGGAUUUGACUCGGUGGAGGAAAGAAGAGAAAAGGAAAGAGUUAUUACGGUCAAGAAUUGCUGUUUGUUUAGUAGGUGGAGCAAGAAGGUUCGAACUCACUGGACCGUCAAUAGUAGAGAACAUAUUGAAAGUUUACCCUAAUGCAGAUCUUUUCUUAAAUUCUCCAUUAGAUAGAGACUCGUUCAAGUUUUCGAUUCUGAAAGACAUUACCCCACGAAUCGCGUCGAUUCGUAUUUUUAAACCGACCAAGUUAAACGAGACUCAGUCGCAACUUCGCGUCCUCACUUCACGCAAUUCUCCCAACGGCAUACAGGGUUUGCUUCAGUACUUCAACCUUGUGGAAGGUUGCCUAACACUGAUCAAGGCCUACCAAAUUCAGAACAACUUUACCUACGACUGGAUAGUCCGAACCCGAGUAGAUGGCUACUGGAACGCUCCACUGGACCCAGAUAACUUCUUACCAACUCAUUACCUAGUCCCACCAGGUUCAAGUUAUGGCGGACUCAAUGACAGGCUCGGAAUUGGUAAUCUCAACACUUCACAAAUCGCACUGUCUCGGCUCUCUCUGAUACCACAACUAGACGCAGCACGGUUUCGUCAACUCAACUCAGAGACUUCUUUUAAAGCUCAACUCACUACGCAAGGUGUAAAGUUCUUGGAAAAUCGUCUUCCUUUCUGCAUAGUAAGCGAUCGCAAAUACGACUUCCCACCAACUCAGUUUGGUGUCCCCGUUGCAUCAAUGUCUAGCCCAGGUCCACUCAGCGGGGCAAAAUGUAGACCAUGUACACCUGUUUGUGUUGGACCAUGCGUGGCUGAUAUAUUUGGGAUUCUUCAGAAGGAUUGGAGUUGGACUAACUGGAGGAAUGGAACGAUUCAGCUCUGUGAUGCUCAUGGUGAGUGGGAAUCCGGCUGGGAGAAAAUCUUUGACCGAGUUGCCGGAGAGAAGCUAGCGGAGUUUAGGAGACGAGUCAAGAAGUUAAAGUUUGGAAAAUGUGUCAAAGAUUUUGACGAGAUGAGGAAACGGACUGUUAAUUGGGAUACCCCAAGUGCUAAAGAGAUUUGUGGACUUAGCCUCAAAACUGCCACGAACAGCUAGUUAGAAUUACUUGUGUAUGAAAAAUCACGGGGAUAGUUUUACUUUUACACAGCCUCCGGCCUCCAUCAAAGAACUGAUUUUAUUAAGUUCAGACACAUUUUACAAUAGAAAAAGAAACUGCGAAGGAUGGUUUCGUAACAAAAACGAGUGGAAUAAAAAGAUACAGAGUUACUGAAUAUAAGAUUGACCAGUGAUAUCAAUAUCACGAUCUCCAGAGGAAGGAGGAGGUUUGUGUUUAGGUUCAAUGGUGUGACCAACUGGACCAUCAGCACUUUGUGUGUCACUUGCUGGUGCCCUAUUAGAAGUAUUUUCUUCUUUAUUGUUCUUCUCAGUUCCAUACAUUCCACCACCGUAAGCCCCUUCAGUAACUGGUUUCAUUGCCGUCAUAUGUGGUGGUUGCGGCUGCUGCUCCGCCUCUCCUUUUGCUUCUUUCUUGCUCUUACUGCUCAUCUCUAAACACACAAGAAAAACUUCGAAACGUCCGAUUUCUAGCAAGUUGACGCUAAGAAUUAUUAUGCUAAUAAUACAUCUUACAAAUGACACGUUCACACCCUCGUCCGUGGACAACCGCGCACUUGACACACUCUCAUCCGCGCACGUGAUCGAAUGUUCAUGCGAAAGCCAUACCACCAUUUGGGCUCAGAGAAAGAAGUGAGGAGUUCGUGUUGACGAUUAUGGGCUUGGGCAGUAAAGUUUUAGUUCGAUCCGCCUGUUUGAUGUGUAUUUUUUUUCUAUUUUUUUUUUGAUGGAAAGGUUAAUUAUA